AUGGCGUUGGUGGGCCCCGUCAUACCUCCCGACCUUUUCAAGCUCUUGGUUUGCUCAAUUGUUAUAUCUCAAUACGUAUUCCGUCGCUACGAACCCACGUUAUACUCAGCGUGGUUGACCUUUCUCUCCGGACAAGUGGUUUUGCACGUCAUAUACUAUGUCAGGCAUUCGACGGCGAUGCCACUAUUGACGUGGAUUGCGGUCAACGCGGUUUACGCACUUGGGCUCACGUCAGCGAUUCUGCUCUACAGAAUAUCCCCGUUACAUCCUCUUUCCUCUUAUCCUGGACCGCUCGUACGUCGUUUGAGCAAGAUGUGCGCCCUACCCUCGGCAUGGAUUGGUACUACACACGAGGAUUUAUUGAAGUACCAUCGCAUGUACGGACGCUAUGUCCGAAUCGGGCCCAAUGAGCUAUCUAUUACCGACGCGGCCGCUGUUCCUAUUAUCUAUGGACACCAUGGCUGGAAAAAGGGUGAAUCGUACGCCAUAUUCUCUCGUGUCAAAGGAGGCGUAGAUAGUGUCCAAGAUACCAGAGACGAGGCGGAACACGCUCGCCGACGGAAGACCUGGGACAAGGCUCUUACAACUACGGCACUUGCAUCGUACCAGGAGCGCGUUAGGGCCCGAGCGCGCCAAUUGUGCGAAUUAAUUGCAUCUGCUCGUGGAGAGGCGGUCGAUCUCAGUUUAUAUGCCAAAUACUUUACAUGGGACGUCAUCUUCGACUUAGGCUUUGGCGGACACGGCUUCAAUAUGCUCGAGAAAGGCCAUGAAGAACUCCCGUUCAUCAAGAGCCUUGCUGCGUAUAUCCGCCUGAUCAAGACAGCGGGCAAUGUACCAGAACUGGCAGGUCUUCUCAAAGCCCUUCCCGGUGAUGCAGACGUAGAAAUGUUUAUCAAACGUGUCGCUGGUAUAUUUUAUUCGAAAUUGGAAGAAGGUGUUUCUUCUGCCGAUCUAUUUAGCCAUAUAAUUUCGCCGAUCCAACCAUCUAACUCUGCUUCGGAAAACGAACGGCUUGUGGCAGAAGCACUAUCUGAUUGUAUCCUGUUCGUCGGUGCAGGUAGCGACACAACAAGUUCAGCCGUUGCGAACACCUUGUUCCUGCUCGUCUCUGAAAACAAAGGUGAAAACGCAAUCUACAAACGACUUCAGCGAGAGCUGGACAAUGCUUUUGAAGACGGUGACGAACUGGAUUCUACGGUGCUGAUUCAAAAAGUACCGCUUUUGGCUGCAGUCAUCAAUGAGUCCAUGCGCCUUCUACCACCUGUGUCCACUGGUCCGUUUCAAAGGCUCUCGCCUGCUGGAGGGGCGAUAGUCGCCGGCCAUUUCAUUCCUGAGAACACUAAGGUCAUCAUUCCCCCUUAUGCCAUCCAUCACGAUCCCGAAUAUUUCCCAAGACCGGACUCCUUCCAACCUGACCGCUGGAUGCCAGACGCUCCCGAGGAAAUUAGGAUACGUGACCCUAAUGCUUACAGACCUUACAAUUGCGUCGGGAAGCAACUGGCUCUCAUGGAACUUCACCUAGCCGUAGCGGCUUUGGUGCAUCGAUUCGACGCAAAAUUUGCGGAGGGUUUUGAUCCUGAUGCUUUUCUGAAUGGAGAGCGGGAUGCAGUCACUCGACAGCUCACUGUCCCGCUGAAAAUGCGAUUCUCGCUCCGGGGACUAGAUAACUAG